CAAAGAUAAGAUUGUUCUUGACAAACCCAUGGUAUGUGAAAGCUCUUAUGUCAAAAACGGCUGGAUCAAUUGUUGAAGCUGCACUAAGAAGAGAUCCUCAUGAACUUGAGUUCAUACAAUCUGUACAAGAAGCUGUGCAUGCUUUAGAAAGAGUGAUCGCAAAGAAUUCCCAUUAUGUCAAUAUCAUGGAGCGCUUAUUAGAACCGGAGCGUAUGAUUGUCUUCCGAGUUCCAUGGGUUGAUGACCGCGGUGAAACACAUGUAAAUAGAGGUUUCCGAGUACAGUUUAACCAGGCACUUGGUCCAUGUAGAGGCGGUAUCCGUUUUCAUCCACUGGUGAACUUAAGUAUUGCUAAAUUUCUUGCUUUUCAGCAGACAUUAAAAAAUGCUUUAUCACCUUACAAACUAGGAGGGGCAGCUGGUGGAAGUGACUUUGAUCCUAAAGGGAAAAGUGAUAAUGAGAUUAUGCGCUUUUGUCAAAGCUUCGUGAGUGAGAUCUAUCGAUACUUGGGUCCUGACAAGGACCUUCCAUCAGAGGAGAUGGGUGUUGGUACUCGGGAAAUGGGGUAUCUUUAUGGGCAAUAUAGACGCCUAGCUGGUCAUUUUCAGGGAAGUUUUACAGGGCCAAGGAUAUUUUGGUCUGGUUCUAGCCUCAGGACUGAAGCCACAGGCUAUGGGCUGGUUUAUUUUGCACAACUUAUGCUUGCAGAUAUGAACAAAGAAAUCAAAGGACUAAGAUGCAUUGUUAGUGGUUCUGGAAAGAUUGCAAUGCAUGUUCUGGAGAAGCUCAUUGCAUGCGGAGCUCAUCCAAUCACAGUGUCAGGUAACUUCCUUUUUUCCAUGAAUAUUGUUAAAACUCAUUCAGUAUUUGAGAUUUUUAUCAUGGAUUAAACGAAUUUAAUCUAUAUUUCCAUCU